AUGGCUGUUGCUAUCAAUAAAGGUAUCUUCAUAGUGGCAGCCAAGCGCACGCCCUUCGGCCGCAUGGGAGGUAAACUGCGGGACGUGUACCCCUCAGACCUGUUAGCCACUGCUGCCAAAGAAGCUUUUAAAGCAUCCGGAGUAUCGCCAUCAAUCAUAGAUUCCGUUAACAUUGGACAAGUUUUUGCAAUCAGCGGAUCUUCCGACGGUGGGCUCGCUCCUCGUCACGCUGCGCUCAAAGCAGGCGUAGCUCAAGAGAAACCAGCGCUCGGUAUCAACCGCCUCUGUGGCUCCGGGUUCCAGGCCAUCGUUAACAGCGCACAGGAUAUCAUGACUGAUGCAGCACAAGUUUCGCUUGCCGGUGGCACGGAGAACAUGUCUGCAGUGCCUUUUGCGGUUCGUAACGUACGUUUUGGCACUUCCCUCGGCACCAACAUCAACUUCGAAGACAUGCUGACAGCCGGCUCGUUGGACACCUAUUGCAACUUCACCAUGCCCCAAACUGCGGAGAACUUGGCGGACAGAUACGAGCUGAAGAGAGGAGAGGUGGACGAUUUCGCGCUGCAGUCUCAGCAGAGGUGGAAGACUGCUUACGAUACCGGUGUUUUUAAAGAAGAAAUGGCGCCUGUAACAGUCAAAGUGAAAAAGCAAGAAGUGGUAGUGGACACAGACGAACACCCUCGACCUGACACCACCAGGGAGGCGCUCUGCAAGCUGCCCGUGCUGUUCCGGAAGGGGGGUGUAGUCACUGCUGGCAACUCUUCUGGAGUGAAUGACGGGGCAGGAGCUUUGAUUCUGGCGAACGAGGAAGCAGUUAAGCAGAACAAACUGACGCCCCUUGCUAGACUAGUGGGAUGGUCAUUCGUGGGUGUAGACCCGAGCAUCAUGGGCAUCGGACCGGUACCGGCCAUACAGAAUCUGCUGAAGGCCACCAACCUGACGCUUAAUGACAUCGACUUGAUCGAGAUCAACGAAGCCUUCGCGGCACAGACUCUGGCCUGCGUACGGGAAUUGAACAUAGAUGAGGCAAAACUGAACGUAAAUGGAGGCGCCAUUGCUCUCGGCCACCCGGUGGGAGCUUCAGGCGCCAGAAUUACUGCUCAUCUAACACACGAACUCAGACGACGUGGCUUGAAGAGGGCUAUCGGGUCUGCUUGCAUCGGAGGCGGUCAAGGCAUCGCAUUACUGAUCGAGACUGUUUAA